CGCUUGAAGUCUAAACAUCGUUGUGAGCGCAACGCGGCCAAAUUGAGCACUUGACUCCAUUUAAAUAAAAAAUAAAAACCAAAACAAAAUAUGUGCGACAAAAGUGAUACCUCAAUCGAAAUACAAUAGAUAAAUGUUAAAAUUUUAUUCAACAUUAAAUUCAGCAUCAAAUCUAAAGGUCGUGACCUGGUUUUCAUUUAGCCUAAGAUGAAAGUGUAUAUGCUGCUUCUGUCAUUACUGGGCAGCCUCUGUCUAUGCAUCGAUUAUGCAACACCAGCCAGGCCAACAGCAGCAUCUAGGCGCAGUGGCAGCAACAACAACACCAUCACCAACAGCAACAAUUCCAAUUCCCGCGGCGUUGCACAAUAUAAACUGCCGCUUGGAGUUCCCACAAACGAGGCUCUGCAAUUGAAGUCAGGAGUAGAUGACAGGAGAACUGAGUCUCCAACCAAGCGCAGACGUACACAGAUUGUCAUGAGACGUAGGCCUGUAAUCAGCACGACAAUAACAACAACAACAUCAUCGACAACAACUUCAACAACAACAACACCUCGGCCCAGUUUGGCCAACGGUUUCAACUUCUUUAAUCCCAAUUUUUGGAGCUUUGGCCAACAGAGUUUGGUUGCGGUUCAACCGCCAACAAAGACAUCACAUCCACCCAAGAAGUUUACAUCUAAAGAUGCUAUUCCCAGCUAUCGAAAGCAAGUCAAGAUUACACAAAAAUCCAGAUUAACUACCACCACCACAACAUCAACGACGACGACGACGACAACCCCAAAACCUUCUACAACAACUUCAAGAUCGGCCACAGAUGGACCAUUUCGCAUAGCUCUGCCAACGUUAAAUUUCCCCACUGCAGCGGCUAAGGAUAAGGAAAAGGAUAAACGAGCCACUGCAGAAUUGCGUCUGCGUUUCAAUUGUCCACGGGAGAAUGAGGUACGCUUUCAAUUGUUUCCCAAAAUCUGUAAGACCGACAAGGAUUGCGCUGUGUGGCAGCGGGAUGAGUUAUGUUGUGAUAUCUUUGGUUCGAGCAGCUGUGUAUCUGGUGUGGCCAAACCGCUGGAAGAGGCGUCUCAUGCACCCAUACUGGGUCUGAUACCGCGCAAGUGUCCUAGUCGUCCAUUGGCCGAACUUUGGUGGGAUGUUCAGGAGUGUUCAACGGAUAUGGAUUGUUGGCCACGGGUUUGUUGCCCAGAUGGAAGACGUCGCUAUUGUCGUACCUCACAACCAGAACUCGAGACAGUGCCAGUUCCAGUGAAGCGUUCUUUUGACUAUUUAAGCGAAUAUUUGGAAUGCACUGCUCCACCUCCGCCUAUAUUUGAUCUACAUCCUAAGGCCUGCACUUCCACAUUGGAUUGUUUCCCAAAUGUCUGCUGCCAGGAAGCCGGUUUGAGGCACUGUCGUCCGCCCAAGAAGUCAGUACUCACACUGAUGGCUAAUUUUCUAAAUGUUGACUUUGUAAAGCGACUCACUCAGAACAUUGUUAUCAAGUAGGCCCCAAUAAUAAUUCCCGCUAUUUAUGUAGUACGCCCAUAUAAAUACAUAUAUAUCAUAUAAAUGUAUGUAUAUACAUUGUACAUUCAUACAUACAUAUGUAGAAUUCUUUACAAAUUGCCGUCGUGAUAUCUCCUGUAUUUGUUUGGCUACGUUGAUAACCCACAAACGAACAAAACAAAAAACGGCCUACACUUACUUACUUACAUAUUGCGCAGUCAAUUUACCUGCCCAACUGUCGCCCAUUUUUUACAAAUACAUAUAAUAUAGACACCUAGAUUUAUAUUAGUUUCUAUACAUAGUAACUUCUAGUAGGCUUAAGUAAUAAAAAAAAACGAUUUAUCAACUUA